GGGGCGGAGCUGCCGGAGCCGGGGCAGGACGAGGGUCGGAACGGCGGCAAGGAUAUGGCGGAGACCAUUAUAAUCCGUGUCCAGUCACCAGAAGGAGUGAAACGUAUUACUGCAACAAAACGAGAAACUGCUGCAACAUUUCUGAAAAAGGUUGCAAAAGAAUUUGGCUUCAGAAAUAAUGGAUUUUCUGUGUACAUCAAUAGAAACAGGACUGGUGAGAUCACAUCCUCUCCCAAUAAAUCCCUCAACUUACUGAAGAUCAAACAUGGAGAUAUGCUAUUUCUUUUUCCAUCAAGCACACCUGGCUCUUCCUCUGAGAACAUGGAUACCUCAAUUUCUCAAGGAACACGUCCACUAGGUGUUCCCCAGGUGGUAGAAGAUGAAAUUGAUCAAUACCUAAUAAAACAGGACGGGAAAAUUUAUAGAAGCAGAGACCAGCAAUUAUGUCGGCAUGGUCCAUUGGGCAAAUGUGUACAUUGUGUACCUUUAGAGCCUUUUGAUGAGGAUUAUUUAAACCAUCUGGAACCUCCUGUGAAGCAUAUGUCAUUCCAUGCCUAUAUCAGGAAACUGACUGGAGGUGCAGACAAGGGGAAGUUUGUUGCUCUUGAAAACAUUAGCUGCAAGAUUAAAUCUGGAUGUGAGGGGCAUCCUCCAUGGCCAGAAGGAAUCUGUACCAAGUGCCAGCCAAGUGCUAUCACACUCAACAGGCAGAAAUAUAGACAUGUGGAUAAUAUCAUGUUUGAGAACCAUACAAUUGCAGAUCGUUUCUUGGACUUCUGGAGAAAAACAGGAAACCAACAUUUUGGAUAUCUAUAUGGGAGGUACACAGAACAUAAAGACAUUCCUCUGGGUAUUCGAGCUGAGGUUUCUGCCAUCUAUGAACCUCCACAGAUUGGUACACAAAAUAGUCUAGAGCUCCUGGAAGACCCAAAAGCAGAGGUUGUGGAUGAGAUUGCUGCAAAACUUGGCCUAAGAAAGGUUGGCUGGAUAUUCACAGAUCUGGUUUCAGAGGACACACGGAAGGGGACUGUUCGCUACAGCCGAAACAAAGAUGCCUUUUUCCUUAGUGCAGAAGAAUGUAUUACAGCUGGGCAUUUUCAGAACCAGCAGCCAAACAUAUGUCGCUUGUCUCCAGAUGGACAUUUUGGAUCUAAGUUUGUGACUGUUGUGGCUACAGGGGGUCCUGACAACCAAGUCCACUUUGAGGGCUACCAAGUAUCCAAUCAAUGCAUGGCUCUAGUACGUGAUGAAUGUUUGUUGCCAUGCCGUGAUGCUCCAGAACUCGGCUAUGCAAAGGAAUCCAGCAGUGAACAAUAUGUGCCUGAUGUCUUCUAUAAGGAUAUAGACAAGUUUGGCAAUGAGAUCACUCAGCUAGCUCGUCCUCUCCCUGUUGAGUACCUAAUCAUAGAUAUUACUACCACGUUUCCAAAAGAUCCAGUUUACACAUUUUCUAUUUCUCAAAGUCAAUUCCCUAUUGAGAAUCGUGAUGUACUGGGAGAAACUCAGGACUUCCACAUUCUAGCUACAUAUUUGUCCCAGAAUACCUCUUCUGUAUUCCUUGACAUCAUCUCUGAUUUCCAUCUUCUCCUCUUCUUGGUCACCAAUGAAGUGAUGCCUUUAAGGGCACAGUGGGUGUUCAGUUGCCAGGACUCCAAGAAUAUGGCGCCAUGGGCACUUCAACACAUGCAACAACUUCUUCAAUGUGGGCCUGUCAGCACUGCACCUUCAUGAACCAACCAGGCACAGAUCAUUGCGAGAUGUGUAGCCUCCCACGGAGCUAGGCCCUUUUUGGCUUGGCAUCGGGGCAGCCAUUACAGACCAACUGGCAGAAAUACAGAGGCAAACCUUUAGCCCGGCAGGACUGUUCUUCCUCCUGGGACAAUGUACUGUGUGGGGCGGGGCAAGACAAGAAAGGGGGGAAAGGACCCAUAUCACAGGUAUUCAAUUGCCAUUUACAAGGUGGCAGCUUGCAGUUGGAACAGGAUGUCCCAGUGGGAAAAAAAUAAGAUGGCCCCACUGUGCUGCCUUGUCUUUUCUUUGCUCUCAGUAUUGUAGAAAGCCAGAGGUCCUGCUUCCCUUGAGCUGAAGUCGCACAGGUGGCUGAUCAGCUCUGUGGGCUCAUGGCGGUGUGGCCGUUGUCGCCCUGUUAGCUUGCAUGCCACAAGCUUUCCCCGCCUUAAGCUUGUCAGUGAGGCUAGGCAGUAGUGUUGAAGGGAUGACUUGGUCCCCCAGGGCUAGCUUGUGUAAUGUUGUUCUCUUGACAUGCUUUGCAUUUAGCCCCAGAGUUUCUGGCUCACUGGUGCCUGAGCCACAUUGGUCCACUCUCUCAUUAUAGCUUCAACUUGAGUGACGUGUGAUCGCAGGGCAUACUGUGGCUUUAAAGCCCCAGGUUAAACCACGGCACUGGAGAGUGGGGGAAGAUCAUCUUUUUCAACCAGGCAGGGAUGUUUCUGGUUGCCACUUCCUCCAUUUCUUGCCCUACAUCCCUAAUGGCAGCAUAUUAAAAUUCCCAGAAUUCCUCAUCUAUGGUUAGCUAAGAGAGAUGAUGAUUUUCAUCCUGGUUUGGCAACGGGAAGCAUAUCCUGUCGCUUCCAGGUUUGGAACCCUACAGCAGCUUCAUUCCAGCUGUGUCAGGACUGGGAAAGCAACAGUUCACAAGCAGUUUUUGUACCAAGUCUCCAUGCACUAUUUUCCCUUUAUAUUUAAAGCAAUUUCCUGGGAUCCAAAGGUAUGAUCGGGCAAAAUAUCUAGGCAUUUUAUUCAUGUCUACUAAUGAGUACACAGGGAUCAGCACAACAAAAUUAAAUAGAGCAUAUAUUGGAAUGGGAGUUUGUCUUACCUCACUAAAAUGCCUGUGUAAAAAUUACCUUGCCUCUAGAACAUAGUGACUGCAAUAGAAAUGGCCUUGCCUCUAGAACACAACCCUGCCUACUGUUCUCAUAAUCAUAUAUUAGCUGUGCCUCCUAUUCCUUAUUUCUUCUGAUACCUGGGCUCCUCCAUUCAAAAGUGUCCUGAGAUUUCUUUUUUUUUUUCCAUUAUCCAAAAUUCCCAGUAUCUCUGCUAGGACUGUUUUAUGUUAAGUCACAAUUGAUUCCCCUUGCAGAAGUAGUCUGCAUAGCAAGCCUAUAUAAUUACUCUGACGAACCUUGCAAUAUUAGAGAGAAAGACGCCCUUCACGUCAACUCUCUGGUUAUGUGGACAUACAGCCUUUAUUUCUGCCCUUCCAUAGUUUAUAUUCCUAGGUCUUCGUCACCACCAAAAAAAUGUGCCUCCGUCCCAGCUCCCAUUUUCAUUCUGGGCACAUAGGACUGGCUUCCAAACACUAGCUGUGAAGGAUGCGGUCUUUGCCUUUCAAGGCAGUUGUAGCUGGGGCUCAUAAACACCCUCUCUGGUCCUAGUUAUUGCUGGCAGGACGUGUGACUUUUGUUUCCUGGGUUUGCAUUUUGACUAGAUUUCUCAAGCUCAAUGGGCUGUAGCCGCUCUUGCUGUUCUUCUUGGUUCUUUGGGUUGCAGAGGUGUAUGUUUGGUUUGGACUGGACUUAACUGAAUAACAGCCCUGCAAAUAAAAACCUAUUAAAAGCAUCCAAAAUGA